UGAAAUCGCGGAAGUGCUACUACUGUGUUGUGUUUUGCACAGAUCGACAGAAGUAAUCAUGUUUUAAAUGUUGUCAUCGUAAGGCGACGCUUUUAUAAGGAUACGGACAAGCGUUACCUCUCCCAACGAACAUAAAAUGGAGGACGACGCACCUGUUAUUUAUGGGCUCGAAUUCCAGGCUCGGGCACUGACUUCCCAGACAGCUGAGACAGAUGCCAUUCGGUUUCUCGUGGGCACACAGUCACUGAAAUUUGAUAACCAGAUCCACAUCAUUGACUUUGAUGAUGAGAAUAACAUCAUUAAUAAGAAUGUCCUUCUGCACCAAGCUGGGGAGAUAUGGCACAUUGGCGCCAGUCCUGCAGAUAAGGCUGUGCUUACCACCUGCUACAACAAAACCAGCGACAGCAGAGUGGUUUCCUGUGCGGCAGUAUGGCGGAUGCCCACCGACUGGGACACAGGUAGCCACGAGUCACCUGAUGACACCGCCCACAACCCGCAAACCCUGGAGCUGCUCUGUCACCUCGACGACAGUGCCCAUGGCAACGCUGCCUGUGUCCUGUGGGAGCCCAUGGGUGAUGGCAAGCAUGUGAUAUCGUUGGCUGAUAACCAUGCACUAGUCUGGGACCUGCAAGAGAGCUCCACACAGGCCAAGGUCUCCAGCACUGCCACAUUGGAGGGUAAAGGCCAGCUGAAGUUCAUCUCAGGCAAGUGGAGCCCGCAUCACAACUGCAGUCAGCUCGCCACGGCAAACGACACCGCCAUCCGAGGCUGGGACCUUCGCACUAUGAGUCAGAUCUACUGUAUAGAGAAUGCUCAUGGCCAGCUGGUGCGUGACCUGGACUUCAACCCCAACCGUCAGUACUACCUGGCCAGCUGUGGAGACGACUGCAAGGUCAAGUUCUGGGAUGUCCGCAAUGUCCAGGAGCCUGUCAAGACCCUGGAGGAGCACUCGCACUGGGUGUGGAGCGUCCGCUACAACCACAGCCAUGACCAGCUGGUGUUGACGGCCAGCAGUGACAGCCGCCUCAUCCUCUCCAACAUGGUGUCCAUCUCCUCCGAGCCAUUUGGACACUUGGUGGACGACGACGAGCUCAGCGACGGGGACGACAACCACCAGGACGACAAGAGCAAGGAGCCCCUGAAGGACAGCGUGGUGUCCACCUACGAGGAGCACGAGGACAGCGUGUACGCGGCAGAGUGGUCGUCGGCCGAUCCCUGGCUCUUCGCCUCGCUCAGCUACGACGGACGCCUCGUCAUCAACAGGGUCCCGCGCGCCCUCAAAUACCGCAUCCUGCUCUGAGAGGGAAGGGAGGGACAGGUGAUCCGUGUGUGUGUGUGUGUGUGUGUGUGUGCGGUGAGAGAGAAGAAGACGCGAGACAGCCGCACAUCUGUGCAUGUCUUUCACUACCUUUUCACAUUCCAUGAUAUCUCAGUAGGUCGUCCUCAAACUCUUCAGUGUGUGUGAUGUAAAUACACUGAAGUUCAUAUGAAGUCUUGUAAACAAACAUUUGUUCUGAUUAUGUCGAUUAAAGUAAGGAAGGAAAAACA